AUGUCUAAAAAUAAUAACCAAAGGCAUGAAACUACAAUUACUUACUCAGACAUUAAUGAAUUUGUGUAUAACUCUUUGAUUUCCUUGAAAAAUACUAAUAACUUUUAUGAAAAUGAUAAUAUCAAAUUAGUAAUUAGUUUUGAUGUUGAGUUGUUUUCUCUUAUUACUAUAAUAUUAGAUGAGGAUAAAGAAAAUUUAAAUAAUAAUAAAAAACUUUACCUUGAAGUUGCUCAUUGUAUAGCAAAAUUUAUUGAAAAUGAAGAUGGUUAUAG